CCCAGCCCCAGAGACCUGCGGCCCGGCCCCUGCAGCUCUGUCCCUCCCCUCCCCUGCCCCUCUGCAGACGGGGACUAUGACGAGCUCAGCCCACUGAGGGGCACAGUCUCGCCUGACCCCACAGCUUUCCGCCGGGGCCCCAUCACCGCCACAGGGAGCCACCCAGCCAGCCGCAGCCUCUCGUCCUGUCCCCGCGGCCACCCCCUGGCCACCUCGCCAUGACUAACUACUAUGAGGUGCUGGGUGUGCAGGCCGGAGCCUCCGCCGACGACAUCAAGAAGGCCUACCACAAGCUGGCCCUGCGCUGGCACCCCGACAAGAACCCUGACAACAAAGAGGAGGCCGAGAAGAAGUUCAAGCAGGUGUCUGAGGCCUACGAGGUCCUGUCUGACCCCAAGAAGCGCUCCGUGUACGACCGCGCGGGCUGCGACAGCUGGCGGGCGGGCGGCGGGGCCAACGCCCCGCACCGCAGUCCCUUCGGCAGCGGCUACACCUUCCGAAACCCCGAGGACAUCUUCCGCGAGUUCUUCGGUGGCCUCGAUCCCUUCUCCUUCGACUUCUGGGACAGCCCUUUCGGGGGCAGCGAGCGCGGCGGCGGCGGCGGCCGGGGGCUCGGCCUGCACGGCGCCUUCUCCGGCUUCGGCGAGUUCCCGGCCUUCAUGGAGGCCUUUUCGUCCCUGGACACCCUGGGCCGCGGUGCGUCCCGCACCUCCUUCUCUGCCGCCACCUUCGGGGGCUCCGGCGCAGGCGGCUCAGGCUUCAAGACGGUGAUGUCGUCCACCGAGAUGGUCAACGGGCACAAGGUGACCACGAAGCGCAUCGUGGAGAACGGGCAGGAGCGCGUGGAGGUGGAGCAGGACGGGCAGCUCCGCUCAGUGACCAUCAACGGCAAGGAGCAGCUCAAGCGGGUGGACAACAAGUGAGCCCCGCCAGCCGAGGCCCAGCUGCGCCCUGGGCCCCGACGGUAGCUGAUGUUAAUAAAGGCGCCUGGCAGUGAG